AUGGCCGAUUCGCUAUCUGCCGAGACCGCCGUACCGGCAGCUUCUUCUCCAUUGAAGGAGCGUCCUUUCGGCAGGACGAAAUCAGUCAGGGAACUGCUUGGUGGCGGCAAGGCCGCGGAUGUGCUUCUAUGGAAGGAUUGGAAGGCGAGUGCGGGAAUUUUGGUAUCGGUCGCGGGUCUAUGGAUCGUGUUCGAGCGGUCGGGGUUCACGCUGCUCACGAUUCUCGCUGACGUGCUCAUGAUUCUUAUCUCGCUCGUCUUCGCCUGGGCUCAAGUGUCCUCGCUUCUCAACAAGCCCGGUCCGCCGUUCCCCGCGCUGAGGCUAUCUGAGGACGCGGUGCGGUCGACGGCGCUGCGCCUGCGCGAUCACGCCAACCGGGCGCUGCUGCUCGCGCACGACGUGGCGCUGGGCAAGGACUACAUGCUGCUCGUUAAGGUUUUGAGCGGCCUGUAUUUCGUCUCCGUGGUGGGAGGGUGGUUCCACUUCCUCACUCUCGUCUUCAUUGGCGUGCUUGCAGCCUUCACAGGGCCAGUGCUGUACGACCGGUAUGAGGACCAGGUGGACGAGCAUUUGGGCCAAGCUCUGGCCCAGAUUAAGCAGGUCAAGGGCGUGGUGGGGGACAAGCUGGGAGGGCUGCUCAACAAGCAGAAGCAGAAGAAAAUGGAGUAG